CAUUCAUCAAGCAUGUCUGAGGUGACGAACACCACCCAGGACUCUUUCUACUUCAUCCUCACGGGCAUCCCUGGGUUGGAGGCCUCCCACAUCUGGAUCUCCAUCCCCUUCUGUGGUCUCUACAUCAUUUCCAUCAUAGGCAACACCACCAUUCUCUCUGCCAUCUGCACAGAGCCCUCCCUCCACCAACCCAUGUACCUAUUUCUCUCCAUGCUGGCCCUGACUGACCUGGGUCUCACCCUCACAACCAUGCCCACAGUCAUGCAGCUCCUCUGGUUCAGCAUUCGGAAGAUCAGCUUUGAGGCCUGUUUUGUCCAGUUCUUCUUCCUCCACGGAUUCUCCUUCAUGGAGUCUUCAGUCCUGCUGGCCAUGUCCUUUGACCGCUAUGUGGCCAUUUGCCGCCCCCUUCAUUAUGCCACUAUCCUCACCAAUGAAGUCAUUGGCAGAAUCGCAUCAGCCAUGAUUUGUCGCUGUGUUCUAGCUGUUCUUCCAUCCCUUUUCCUACUCAAGCGCCUGCCCUUCUGUGACUCCCGCCUUCUUUCUCACUCCUACUGCCUCCACCAGGAUAUGAUUCGCCUGGUCUGUGCUGACAUCCGGAUCAACAGCUGGUAUGGAUUUGCUCUAGUUUUGCUCAUUAUUGUGUUGGACCCUCUCCUCAUUGUGCUGUCCUACACACUCAUUCUGAAAAGUAUCCUGGGCACAGCCACCUGGACUGAGCGGCUCCGAGCUCUCAAUAACUGUCUGUCCCAUGUUCUGGCUGUUCUGGUCCUCUAUAUUCCCAUGGUUGGGGUGUCUAUGACUCAUCGAUUUGCCAAGCAUGCUUCUCCACUGGUCCAUGUUAUCAUGGCCAAUAUCUACCUGUUGGCGCCUCCUGUGAUGAACCCUAUUAUUUACAGUGUAAAGACUAAGCAGAUCCGCCAUGCAAUCUUCCAUCUCCUCUUCCUGAGGAAAGUGCACUAA